UCUGCAAGCCGGAACACGUGUUAUCUCCUGCGAGGAGUUUAAGGGUCCUGAGGGUGCGGAGUUUUGUAAUCUACCGGAUUCUGCCAGCUCAGUCUCCCAGUGAGAUUGCCGAUCACAUCUCAGAAAGAAAAGGACCUCUUUUCUCCUGUCCUCUGCCGGAGGGCCUUGAAUUUGCUUUGUUUUCGUCAUCUUCCAUGUGUGUGCACACAUCCUGAUACCCAAGAAAGCUGUGAGCCAGAGAACCCAGAAGAAUCCCUAGUGAUGAAGCUGAAUCUCAUCAAAGUCGUUAACGGCUGUCGUCUAGGAACAAUUCAAAACCUGGGCAAAGCAGGCGACUGCACGGUGGACAUUCCAGGCUGUCUUCUGUACACCAGGGCUGGCUCUGCCCCACACCUGACACAUCAAACACUGCAGAAUAUCCAUGGAGUCCCAGCCAUGGCCCAGCUCACACUGUCAUCCCUAGCAGAACAUCAUGAAGUCUUGGCAGAGUAUAAGAAAGGAGUUGGAAGCUUUAUAGGCAUGCCAGAAUCGCUCUUCUAUUGUUCCCUGCACGAUCCUGUCAGCCCCAGCCCAGCUGGUUAUGUAACAAAUAAGUCUGUGUCUGUGUGGGGUUUUGGAGGUCGAGUGGAAAUGACUGUUUCCAAGUUCAUGGCAAUUCAGGAGGCCCUGCAGCCAGAUUGGUUCCAGUGCCUCUCGGAUGGAGGGGCAUCUUGUGCAGAAGCAACUUCCAUAAAAAGGGCCAGGAAGUCUGUGGACCGGUCACUUCUGUUCUUGGACAGCUGUUUGCGACUACAGGAAGAGUCUGAGGUCCUUCAGAAAAGUAUGAUCAUUGGAGUGAUUGAAGGUGGAGAUGUGAUGGAAGAGAGGUUGAGGUCGGCACGAGAGACAGCCAAACGACCCGUCGGGGGCUUCCUGCUGGAUGGCUUUCAAGGGAAUCCAGCAGUCACAGAAACCAGACUGCACUUGCUGUCAUCAGUCACUGCAGAGCUGCCAGAGGACAAACCAAGGCUCAUCUGCGGUGUCAGCCGGCCAGACGAAGUGCUCGAGUGUAUUGAAAGAGGAGUGGACUUAUUUGAGAGUUUUUUCCCAUAUCAAGUGACUGAGCGGGGCUGCGCCCUGACUUUUACCUUUGAUUGCCAGCUGAAUCCUGAAGAGACAUUAUUGCAACAAAAUGGAAUCCAAGAAGAAAUAAAAUGCUUGGAUCAAAUAAAGAAAAUUAAAGCAACUGGGUGCAACCAAGAGAUGAUGUCAUUUGAAAUUAAUCUGAAGGAGAAAAAGUACCAGGAAGACUUUCACCCGCUUGUAAGAGGGUGCUCCUGUUACUGCUGUAAGAACCACACUCGUGCAUACAUCCACCAUCUGCUGGUGACCAAUGAGCUGCUGGCUGGUGUCCUCCUUAUGAUGCACAACUUUGAGCACUACUUCAGAUUUUUCUGCUCCAUCCGAGAAGCACUAAAGAAUGACACACUAGCACAGCUGAAAGAACUCAUCUGCAGACAAAUGUCUUGAGAACUGGAAAGUAUAAGCCUGUCUCAUCUCCAGAAACAGUGAAGUGGCAGAGAUCUGAGCUUUCGGCAGUUAUGGUGGGACCAAUGGCACACACUGCCCACAGGGGUAUGGAAGAAGGCCUUCUGCAGAUGUCAUGGACCAGAUUGAUCAGAACUGUGACUUUAAAUUUUUAGGUUAAAAAUCUAGGUUUAUCCUACUAGUGGCUAGAUUCCUUGAGUUGAAGACAAAAGUACUAGUUCUGAAAGAAGUCUCUUGAAAGAAGUCUCCUUGAAAGGCUUUGAGGUUCUAGAAACCCGUGAGAUGUUGAAGCCUGAGUAGAGAUGACUGUCAUAGCUGGAGGCACAGCUGUUCCCUGGAAAACAAAUCUAGCCAGUUCCACAGGGGGUUGUUUGUUUCUCCUCAUGCUCUCAGGGGCUUUGGGGCACACUUUUGUCCUCGGGGCUACCACAGCAGGACAGUCACUCAGAAGGUUUCUCCUGCCUUAACCAUGUUCAUCUCUCCGAGGACUAUGGGGUGCCAAUCAUGCUUUUGUGAUCUGUUGACUUCAUUUGGCUACAAGUCUCUUUGUGACUUGUCUUCUGAAGCCACCAUACUUGCCUGUUAGGAACCAAAUAUUGCCUGGCUGCUUUGUCUGGUUGUGCAGAUCCAGCAUGACAUGCUCCAGGCUCAUAAACUGUCUGUGUAGUGACCAGCUCUGUCAUUUGGGGAGAUUCCUUUGCUAUGUGUUUAUGUGGCCAGAAUCCUGGCCUGAAAGCACAGCAGAUCAGUUUCUGUUCCACUCUGCUGUAAGCUUAGGCAAAUCCUGACUUUCUGAGUAAACGGGGAAGGCAUAGCAGGUAGAAGCAAAAUGUUCAGAGUCUCCGUCCUCACUUACUAAUCACUGUUGGCCCGACCCUUUCUCAAAACUAACUAACACUCUCUCUCUCUCUCUCUCUCUCUCUCUCUCUCUCUCUCUCUCUCUCUCUCUCUCUCUCCCCCCCUCUUUCUGUUUUUUUUUUUUUUUUUUUUUUUUUUUUUUUUAUGCAGCUAUAAGUGUGUCCUGUGGAUUUUGAAGUGGUUGGUGAUUUGGCAUUCUGCAGACCCUAAGGCUGGCUGUCCCUCCUUGGUUCUCUGUAAUUCUGUAUUUUUGUUGAUGGCAUGACAGGGCUUUUUGUUGUAUGUAUCUUUUCUAUAUUUAUCAAUUUUUCUAAGGAUUAUACAAAACAUAUAUAUAUAUGUAGUUUUUAUAAAAAUAAUACAAUUUAAAAGAUUCAUCUUUGUAUAUAUAAGAAAUGCAUUUCUUACAUUUUAUUGGUUUUCAAUUUAUAGUGGACAUUACUGAACAUUGUAUGUAGUAAUUAUGUAGUUACUUUAUUUUUAUGUGUUGGAAAUCCAAUGUUGUUUUUCCUUUUUGUGGUAUCACUUCUUGACGAAUGCAAGGGAUUCAUAGAAUGCAGACACAGAGACAGGGUUUCUGUUCUCAAUAAUCUACAUUGAAUGUAUUUUGUACUUGUUUAUAUGUUUUAUUCUUGGUCAAGACCAAACCCAUUAUUGAAGGAUUAUUAGUAAAUAUCUAAGAAUCCAUGUAAAUUUAUGAGUUUUAUUUAUGUCCAAAACACUGAAAAUUCUAUUAAACAUUGUUCAGUUCCCUGGGUCUUUUUCUUAUUAGUACAUUUGAAAAAAUUCUUUCCUUUUAUGUUGUAAAUGUAUGAAGGGCAACAGCCAAUAAACAUUUUUAAU